AUGAAGUUCAACGUCUCCCACAAGAUUGUCUCGUGGACUAGCCGCUUCAAGAAGCCAUUCCAGAAAUCGUUUCAGAAACCCUUCCAGAACUCGAAGGUGCUAAGCGCUAUCGACCGUGGCACAGUCAUAAUUGUCGAGGAACAACGCCAGCAUACCAUGGCUCCAGCAACAGCGAAAGAACGUUGCGACGCUGACGACCCAGGAGGAGACGAUACCGAGAUUGACCAGGUUAGCGUUCCUAUCGAGGCAGAGCAGGAAGCCACAGUCAAUGUCGCAAGUACUGCUUCGAGCGAACCUCGUGUCGAACCAAACGCUGAAACACCUUCCACGGCGAAAAGCCAGAAGACUGUCACGUCGACCGCCGAUACCCAGAACCUGAUCCGCACUUUCCAGAUAUAUGGCCGGCAGCUGGCAGAUGCCCAGGGCCAGUUCGAUGAUCGCCAUGAUGAUUUCGAGCAAGAAGAGAAGGACUGA